AUGUCUUCAGGCGGCAAUAGCCCGCAACAUCUGUCCAAGGACAGCGGUGACGAUGUCAGAGACACUAUUGAGAACGAGUCUUUGCCGGGCGACAACACUCCACCGUCGCUAGAGGAGGACAAAGCUGAUUUGGACAACGACGAUGCCGAUCUCUUCGGCUCUGGCUCUGAAGGAGGAGAGGAUGAAAACGAUCAUCGUCGCCGCAAUCUCGACGAUGAGGAAUUGGACUCUGGAGACGAUCAGGACCGUUGGGAUCGUCGUGGGUCGAUGGAGGACGAAGGUGCUGAAAUGCUCAAUAUUAUGGACCUCAGCUUAGGUCGCACUGCGGAGCCAGAGUCUACAGAUGGGCAGAUCUACACCCUAAACAUGCCUAAUUUCCUCUCUAUCGAAUCCGAAGAUUUCAAUCCGGAGACAUAUGUUGCACCGCCGUUUUCAUCAGCUUCGACUUCUCUUUGCUGGCGUUAUGACCCCAAGGAUGGGGAGACCAUCCAGUCCAAUGCACGGAUCAUUCGUUGGUCAGACGGUUCCUUGACACUUCAACUCGCCUCAAACCCCACAGAGCAAUACCGGAUGUCUCUAAAGCCACUUGCACGAUCAAAUACAUCUACGAAGCUUAAUGAUUACGACUCAGAACUGGACUCUCAUGUCUACUUGGGGGCUGCUGCAGAAGCCUCAUCCGUUAUCCGUCUUACUUCGCAUCUCACUGGACAACUUGCCAUUCUUCCCACCACUAUCGAGACAGAUGAUGCUGUUCAAAGACUACAAGAAUCUCUAGCGGCUGCGACUAGAACCAGCGGAAAGAAUCCAGACGGUACGGUGGCUAUGAUCGACGUCAAAGUUGACCCGGAACUCGCCAAGAAGCAGGCAGAGCAAGCCGAGCGCGAGAAACUCCGCGAAGCCCGAAGACGACAACUUGCUGCAGAUCGCGAUCUGGAUCGCGGGAGGCGCGUUGGUCUGCCCGGGAGAACUGGAGGAGCUGGUCUCACAAUCGCCGGCUUGGAAGGCGAUGAUACGCUCGCCGCACGCGGACGUGGUGGCAAGAAACCCAAGCGUAGGACCAACCGUCGCGGAGAGAUUUAUUCGGAUGACGAGGAUGAGUACGGUCGUAGAGGCCGGACUCGUGAAGACGAAUAUGAUGAGGAUGAUGGUUUCCUAGUUCGCAGCGACGAGGAGGUCGAGAUCGAAGAGGAUGAGGGAGACGAGGAAGAAAUCCUUGACGAAGAUGAUAACCUUGAAGCUGAGGGCGAGACCGAUGACGAGAUUGUCGCUCCAUCUAAAAUGACCACUCGCGACAAGGACAAGUCGCCGAAACGAGCCCUGGACGAGGAUGAAACUGCGGCCGCCGUCGAGACUGAAGGAGCCAAGGCCGGCUCGCCUCCUGCAAGGAAGAAGAAUAGAUACGUCGUGGAGUCCGAAGAUGACGAAUAA